CCGUGCAUAAAUACUCUGACUCACCUGAACAAGUACAAAUAAAAGCCACCAGUUCUUCCCUGGACUAAACCACACUCAGGUGCUGAAUUUGGACACAAUCCGUCAGUGCACAUACAGUACAAUAACUCUCUGGUUUUGCGAGCACCAUGACCUCCAGCUUCUCUAUGCACAGCCACUCUCUGGGACGGCAGCCGUCUUUCUCCAGCAUGUCUAUGCGUGACGGGGCUCGGGGACGCUCUAAAGUCCCAGUGUCGCUCUCCUCAGCCAGCACUCUGUCUCUGUCUCGUUCCACGUCUCUGGGAAAUGGCUUAAACAUCCUAAGCAACCUCUCACUGAAUGGUCUAGGAGUUGGCGCCAGUGAGAAGGAGACCAUGCAAGGUCUGAACGACCGACUUGCGAGCUAUCUGGAGAAGGUGCGUUCUCUGGAGAAGUCCAACGCUGACCUGGAGCUGAAGAUUAAACAGCUGAUGAAGGAGCGAGCACCCAAGGGUCACGACAUCGAGGGACUGAUGGCUCAAGCGCAUGCGAUUGGACAAGAGGUGAGGAAAAAGACAUUGGAGAAUGCUCGUAUAAUGCUGGAGAUUGACAAUGCCAAGCUUGCAGCUGAUGACUUUAGGGUCAAAUGGGAGGCAGAAGCUACUCUUUGCCAGUCGGUUGAGAGAGACUGUCAUGCUCUGAGAAGAGCAAAAUCUGAUCAUGAUCAGAUCAUCGCUACCCUUCGAGGAGACCUGGACAGUCUGAAAGAGGAGCUGUAUUUCCUCAAGAAGAAUCAUGAAGAGGAGAAGAACACAAUGAAGACCCGUCUAGCCAAUGAGCAAGUGAACGUGGAGGUGGAUGCAGCCCAGGGCCCAGACCUGGGAGCCAUCAUGGCAGAGCUAAGGGUGCAGUAUGAGAGCAUUGCACGCAAGAAUAAAGAAGACGCUGAGAUGUGGUACCUGAAGAAGCUGGAGACCGUGCAGUCAGAGGUGAAGGAGAGUAACGAGGCUCUGCGAUGUGCUCAGAGUGAACUCAAUGAAAGACGACGCUUCCUGCAGGCAUUAGAAGUGGAACUGGACAGUCUGCGCAAACAGGUUGGUGUUCUGGAGGGGAACCUUGGAGAGACGAAUCAGAAGUACACGCUUGAGAUCGAGCGUCUGCAGGGCUCGCUCACACAGCUGGAGGACGAACUCUCACAGCUGCGCCUGGACAUGCAGAGAAUCAAGACUGAUUAUGAGCAGUUACUGCGUAUCAAACAGAAUCUGGAGCUGGAGAUCGCCACCUACAGGAGGCUGCUGGAUGGAGAGGACGUGAUAAAAGAGACACCCACUCCUAAAAAGGAGCCUGAAGUGAGAACCAGAAAGAUUGUGAAGGUGGUCACCCAGACCAUGGUAAAUGGAAAGGUGGUGGAUGAAUCCAGUGAGGUUGAACAGAUUGAAGAACGAAAAAAGUCUGAAUCUGUAAGGCGAGUUGCAAUAGAGCGGGUCAUUUAAGAGUAGCACAGACCGAAAGUCACACAGUGAAACUAAAUACAUACGAUACUAGCUGAUUUACUGAAUGAAUUAGGCCUACUAGUUUUAGAGACAGUGGUAGGAAAAUGAUAUGUAGCUGUGGAUGUGAACCUGUCUGGUCACAGUGUGAGAAACCGAGCCAAAGGACGAAAUCAAGAAAGCCUCACUUUGAGAACGAUGACCGAAAAAGCCCUGACACCAAACCUGUGUAGUGUCAAAUGUCUUGCUUUUGUGAGGCUUUCUGGGUGAAACAACUGCUAUAGUCCCAGCCCAUCAUAGUCCUGGUAAACAAGAGUCUUUACUUUCGUUUGCUCCACUGUUAUUGCCAGAUAUAAAACAAUUUAAGCCCUUAACAAACAUUAAGGCCAUAAACAGCCUUAAGCUUUCAGUAAACACAUUAAAUAAUUCUGGCAAUCUUACACAGGUCAGAUUCAUAUAUCAAAAACAUUCAUGUUUCACUGAAUGAAACAUACUAUAUCCAAAAUACUACAUUCAAUGCCUGUGUUUAUCCUGUUUAUAUGUAGGAUUUAAUCUACAAACCAUUUAUCUAGACAAUUAGCUCAUUUAAUGAAAAUGUAACACUUAGGACGAGACCAUUCAGUUAUGCAAUUUUCAGUAUGGGGCACGUCAUUUACAGCACUUUUCGUCCUCUUUUUUGAUGUUUAUGGAUGUGGAGUGCACAUCUGACAAAUAAAGGUGUGUGUAGCAC